CUCAGAAUUCAUCGUCAACAUAACCAUCACCUUCUCUCUAAUACUAACAUUCCCUUUUUUUCUCUCUCUGAAACCCAAAAUCCACAGAGAGAGAAAAAACAAAAACACAGUGAAAUUCGGAAUUCCACACAGGGAGAGAGAGAGAUAUGGUGAGGAAGUGUAGGGGAAUUGCGGAGAUUGCAGUAAUGGAGGUAGCUCAGGUUGGUGUGAGGACUACGAGAGCUCGAGAAGGUCUUGCCAGCUCAGCAGCAGCUGCAGCAGCAAACGAAAUCACCACCGCCGCCAAGAGAAGGAAGCUCAACGCCGGAGAUUUGAAUUCUCCGUCGUCGUCGUCGCCGUAUGUUCCCCUAGUAAUUACGCCGGCGGAGAAUGAUGAACGCUGUUCAAGCCCUAGCUCCGUUCACGCUGCCACGUCGAGUUGCUCUAGUAACGGAUCAAGCUCGCUCGCUGAGGAAGUAGAGAAUUUCAAAUUCGUAGAUCUACAGGAUGACAGUGCUGAAGUUGAAACAUCCACUUACAGUUGCUACAGAGAAAGGAGAGAAACGACGCCGUCUAGCGAGCUGGAGUCAACGGCGAGUCCAACUCCGGCGAGCACUCGCCGGAGAUCAACGGGGGAGAAGAGUAUUAUGCCGACGGAAUCUGAGCUCGAAGAAUUCUUCUCCGCCGCUGAAAAAGACCUCCAAAAGCGCUUCAAAGAAAAGUACAAUUACGAUAUUGUCAAGGACGCGCCCUUAGGAGGCCGUUACGAAUGGAUUCGAUUAAAGCCGUGAAGAAAAAAAAAAAAAAAACUGAAAAUAAAGCAAAUGGCUUUUAUUUUCUCAGUUUUUUGCUACUCCAAAUAUAGUCUUAAGGCUUUUUAUUUUUAUUUUUUUUUGCAAAAUAUGUACAGUUCUUUCUGUUUUUAUGAUCAGGUAGAAGAAGAGGUGUCUGUAUUUGUUCCUUGUACGGUUCUGCAAAACAAUUGCAAAAUCCUUAUGGGAAAGAACAAAACAGUUCAAUAAUAAUAACAAAUUUCCAAUUCUCA